GUCAUCAGGCAUUGGAUUGUCUGGCUCGACAGCGGGCAUCGGGUCACCAGGCAUCAGGUCAUCUGGCUCGACAGCGGGCACCGAGUCAUCUGGCAAGGCAGUGGGCACCGAGUCACCAGGCACGACAGCAGGCAUCGGGUCACCAGGUAUGACAGCGGGCAUCGGGUCAUCUGGCUCGACAGCGGGCAUUGGGUCACCAGGUAUGACAGUGGGCACUGGGUCAUCAGGCAUUGGAUCAUCUGGCUUGACAGCGGGCAUCGGGUCACCAGGCAUGACAGCGGGCACUGGGUCAUCAGGCAUUGGAUCGUCUGGCUGGACAGCAGGCACCGAGUCAUCUGGCAAGACAGUGGGCAUCGGGUCACCAGGCAUGACAGUGGGCACUGGGUCAUCAGGCAUUGGAUCGUCUGGCUCAACAGCGGGCAUCGGGUCACCAGGCAUGACAGUGGGCACUGGGUCAUCAGGCAUUGGAUCGUCUGGCUCGACAGCGGGCAUUGGGUCACUAUGCAUCAGGCUGAAUUGCAGGUGCAGAGGCACCAGGCUGAACCACGGAAGGUGGGUUCUCAGACGGCAGGC